AUGCAGAAGCUCUCCGAGGCGGAGCAGGAGGAACUGAAGGAGAUUUUCGACCUCAUCGACUCCGACCAGUCCGGCCUCAUCUCGCUCCAGGAGCUGCGCAAGCUCAUGGCAGCGCUGCACCUGAAACCAACCGAGCAGGAACUAGAGGAGGUGUUUGAGGAGACAUGCAGCUUGCCGUCCGCCACGAAGGUGAGUGCCGGGUCCCCUUCGGCGUCGUCCUUGCCGCUGCCGUCCUCCUUCAUCGCCGCCGCAGUACCCCACAACGGUAGCGUCGUGAACAACUCCCGUAGCGACAUCAAUGCGUCCUCCGAAACGACGACCGCGGCAGCAUCGGCGCGCAUGGUGACUUUCCCACAGUUUGCCACCAUGAUGGCGCGCCGCGUACAGUCCGAGUACACCGCCAAGCAGCUGCGCAAUGCCUUUCAGCUCUUCGAGUCCCCUGACAUGCCAGAAGGUUUUGUGUCAACUAGUGUCCUGGCCCACGCCCUGGCGACGUACGGGUCGAAGAAACUCGAUAAGGAAGAGAUCGAUCGCCUCAUGGCGGCCAUCGACCCGAACAAUACGGGGCGAGUGAACUACUACGAGUUUGUGGAUACCGUAACGGUGUGA